AUGAGGCAUCUGCGAUGUAAUAUGGUGCUGUUGAUGACUAUGAUCUCAACAGCGCUCGCUGCUACAACCACGGUGUCAACAACCAUUAUCACUACAACCCAAGCUACUUUAGCUGCAAGUGAUACUCUUGUUGUUGAAGAUGGCGGGUUUCUAGGUUAUUAUAAUUGUAAUGGUCAACUUUUUAAUAUCUUCAACGGUGAGGUUAAUGUUGAAAGCGGUGGUCACAUUUCCAUUGGUUAUACUGGUUCAAACACUGGUGGACUGACUAAUGAUGGUGUCAUUAUGGUAAAUGGUGUUAAUGAAACUUCUGCUUUGAGUUUUUAUAUCUAUGGUAUUGACGAUUUCACCAACAGUGGUCUUCUUUAUAUCCUCAGUACUGGAUCCACUGGUGGUAUGACCGCAGAAAUCAUUACAACCGGAGACAUUACCAACGAUGGUGUUAUUGCCCUCUACCAAAAUCUCUACCGUACCGGUGGUACAUCUUACUUUGGAAAUGUGGGAAGCGACGUCACUAAUGAUGGUACAAUUUGUCUAGCAUAUAUGAACUUGCUCGAGAAUGCUGAAGUCUCUGGUACUGGUUGUUACAGUGUUGGAAACAAUUCUCUUCUCUACUACCAAUAUCCAAGUUUAUAUCCAUUGUCUACUGGGCAAACUGUUUAUCUAUCAUCGUCUGAUUCAAAACUCGUCUUAGGGAGUGGAGGGACGACGAACAGUUUGACUGUUGCAGGGUUUGGUAACGGCAAUUGGAUUGGAUUGAAUGGUCUAACAAUAUCGAGUUGGAGUUAUUCUGGUGAUACGCUCACACUCAUUUCCGGAUUAUACACAUAUGAGUUUGUUAUUGGUACUGGGUAUAAUACUUCAUUAUUCUCAGUCUCUAGUGGAUCCCAAAGUACAUCAACAAGUGGUGUAGUCGGUCUUGUCAACUAUAUCACAUAUAGUGGCACUGUCCCGGAUUCUUCCCAACCAAAUGUCUGUCAAGACUGUCCUCCAAUCGUUACCCAAUUUACCGAGUUCGCUACAACGUCGUCAUCCAGUUCUUCCACUGACUCAAGCUCAUCUGCAACUACAAUACCAUCAAGUUCCUCCGCAUUCUCAGUCAGCUCAUCAUCGUCUCCUUCUGACACAGCAAGCACCUCUGAAACUCUUCCAAACCCAUACACCACUACAUUCACCGAUGCUAGUGGUACUGCGUCUGGUAUUGUCUCCUACUACUCCACUACUGAUGCCUCUGGUAACCCAGCUACAGGUGCAACUACCUCACUGUUCCCAUUGACCUCUGGUUCCGAGUCUGCUUCCGAGUCUAGUGCUCAGUCUAGUGCUCAGUCCAGUGCUCAGUCCAGUACUGAAUCUAGUGCUCAGUCCAGUGCUGCAUCUAGCGCCCAGUCUAGUUCCGAGUCUGCUUCCGAGUCUAGUGCUCA